AAUUGUGGGAUAGAUUCCGUUUCGAUAACAAAUGUAAACAGUGGAAGUCGCAGAGGAAGAAUUUCAGAAAAAAAAAAUUAGAUAAUUGCUGUCUCAUCUGAAUUGUCAGUUAUAAUUUUGUCAAAAGUAUUAAGGUUACGCAAGACUAAUACAAAUAACAUCACUCAAUUGUUUACACAUGAAGGGCAACGAAGAUCUCUCGGCAGAAAUUGACGACGAAGUUCUGCAAGAACUUUACAGUUGGAUUGAUGGCAUUCCACUUUCGCGUCCUAAACGAAAUAUAACUAGAGAUUUCUCCGAUGGAGUGAUGGCAGCUGAGGUAGUGAAUCACUUUUUCCCUGGUUAUGUUGAGCUUCAUAACUAUCCAGUAGCCAGUGCAUGUAAUCAGAAGAUGGAAAACUGGCAUGUGCUUAACAGAAAAGUUUUCAAAAAGCUGAACUUCGAAGUUGCAGAUGAUGUGAUUAGGGCUAUAUGUACUUGUAAACCAGUGGUGAUAGAACAUGUUUUGAUGGCACUUCGAACAAAGAUAGACAGGAUCUUGUGGGAAAGGGAUCAUCCUCCACCAAAGCAGGAUGAAAAGCCUGAAGUAGACCAGGAACAGAAAAGUCCCUAUGUGGCUUCAUUUGCAUCCCCAGCCUCUCCCAGAGGAAGAAAUAAAGGCAAAACAGGGUUAAAAGGUGCCCCUGUCAAGGGAGCUACUGGUGCUGCUGGGGCAGCUAAGAAAGGUCCAAAUACUUCCAAACAAGAAUCUCCCACAGUUCCACAACACCACGGAAGUCAAAGCAAAUUACAACCUACUGCUCAGGUCUAUCCAGCAACAGACACAGUAUCAAAAGUACAGUUUGAAGAGAAACAGCAGGAAUGUUUAGCUAAAGAUGAAACAAUACAGAUCCUUAAUGCGAAAGUGCGCAGGUUGGAGCAUUUGCUUCAUCUCAAAGACAUUAGAAUUGAAGAUUUACAACAGAGACUUGACCAGCUCAGGCCAUCUAAUCCCUCUGGUCCUGUGGGUACAGGGUAUGGACCAACCAGAAGAUAAAUUACACAGAUAUAAUUGUCAUUUAAUCAUUCCAAUCUCCAGUAGAAAAUAUUCUGAGCAAAAAUAUAAAUCCCCCAUGUGAAUUAUUUAGCACGUAAUGGGCAACUUUAAAUGAACUGAUGUUGUCUUAUUAUUGUAAUUUUUAUCUGUAGCACAUUGAACAACAUUAUUCACUUUUUAUGAUCAAACAAAAUUAUUAUGAUCCUGAUAAAAUUUUUUAAGUAGUGUGUGGGGCAUUUAUAUUUUUGCUCAGCAUAUAUUUAAUAUUAAAGCAUGGCAUUUUCACACCAUCUCAGGUAGCACUUUAACAAAGAACCAUUACAAUUGAAAAAAAAAUUAAUUUGGAAUAAGAUGAAACUCCUUUUAUGAUUUGCUCUACCACCAUUCAUUUGUAUAUAAUAUUUAUUAUCACGAGUUCAUUUAGGUGGGUAUACCUAUUUAAUCUUGAAAAGUUAAUGCCUCUUCCAUUACAUUCAACAGAUAAUGGAUGAAUAUCAUUAUAUCUUUCAGUGCAAUAUGCAUAUAAUCUUCCAUACACCCACUGUAAACAAGUUAUGCUAUUAUUGAACUGAAGUUGCACAUCAUUCCAUGAAUGAAAUCUGAUAUAUGAAGUUUGUUUAAAAAUAUGUGCUGAGUAAUUUCAGUUGCUAAUCAAGGUUGUGCACUUUUCACAGGUGUUUUGUUAUUACAGCUUUGAUAUUGUUACCAGCUUCUCAUAUUCCGUCCUGUUACUUAUUGUUAUCCUUUUAAAGUGAAAACAGCUACGGUAACAGUUCACAUUUUCAAUUUUGUAGUUAGCUUUAUUAUAAAUAUUUAUAAAAAAGAAAUGUGUUGUUAAAAUUUUAAAAUAAAAACUUAUAUCCAGUGACUAUACAGCUUGUCUUUUAAAUAUUGAUUCAAAUGACACUUUGACCUAUGCAACACAGCCAUGUCCAAAGGUUUCAAAUGAACCA